AUGAUACCGUCAGAAAGAAACAAAAGCGGGGCCACGUUCACGCUCUUGGGCUUCUCCGAUUCCCCAGAACUGCAGGUCCCUCUCUUCUUGAUAUUUCUGGCCAUCUACAGUGUCACAGCUGUGGGGAAUCUUGGGAUGAUGUUCAUCAUCCAAAUUAACCCCAAACUGCACACGCCCAUGUACUUUUUCCUCAGCCACCUCUCCUUUGUGGAUUUCUGCUAUUCCUCCAUAGUUGCUCCCAAGACCAUGGUAAACCUAGUGGUAGAAGACAGAACCAUUUCACUGGUAGGCUGUGUGAUACAAUUCUUUUUCUUCUGUACCUUCGUGGUGACUGAAUCCUUUGUAUUAGCAGUGAUGGCCUAUGACCGCUUCGUGGCCAUUUGCAACCCUCUGCUCUACACAGGGGCCAUGUCCCCGAAACGCUGUGUCCUGCUUGUCAUGGGAUCAUAUGCCUGGGGUGUGGCCUGCUCCUUGAUACUCACAUGCUCUGUUACCCCAUUAUCCUUCUGUGGUUUCAACACAAUCAAUCACUUCUUCUGUGAAUUCUCCGCUCUGCUCUCCCUCUCUUGCUCUGACACCUCUCUCAACCAGUUGCUGCUUUUCAUCUUUGCCACCUUUAAUGAGGUCAGCACACUCUUCCUUAUUCUCCUUUCGUACGUCUUUAUCGUUGUCACCAUCCUCAAGAUGCCCUCGGCCACAGGUCGCCGCAGAGCCUUCUCUACCUGUGCCUCCCACCUGACCGCCAUCACCAUCUUCCACGGCACCAUCCUCUUCCUCUACUGUGUGCCCAGCUCCCAAAACUCCAGGCACACUGUCAAAGUGGCCUCUGUGUUUUACACAGUGGUGAUCCCCAUGCUGAAUCCCCUCAUCUACAGUCUGAGGAACAAGGACGUCAAGGACACGAUCAGCAAAAUAAUGGACACGAACGUUUUUUCUCAUUGA